CCGAGCAGCACCUAUUCAGCAGUGUGCAGUCUGCAUCGCUCAAACAAUCAGCAGCUAGCAAUUACCAGCAAGAAUCACACACAAUCACUUCCUUUGGCAAUCGGUUCGCAUUCAACAUGGCCAAUCUGGAGCAGUGGGUGAGGGACAGGCUCCAUGAAAUCCUGGGCCUAAGUGACAAAUAUGUGGCUCAGUUUAUGAUCAACCUGGCGCAGAAAUCCUCUGCCCCAGAGGACCUUGUGGCACGUCUGCAACAGACUGACACCAUUGACAUUGACCAGAGAGUAACUGCAUUUGCUCAAGAGUUAUACAACAAGGUUCCAAAGAAACAGGUUGUCGAAAAGCCAUCGCGAGCCAUCGAGCGCCAGGUGAUUGAGAUGGAGCGAAAGAACAGGACCUACACUUUGUUAGAGGAUAGUGACAGUGAUGCAGAGGUGUCUAAAGAAGAAGGAGGGAAGAAGAAGAAAAAGAAGAGCAAAGAAAAGGACAGAGGAAAGAAGAGGAAGCAUCUCCGGCAAAAAAGAGAUGAAAGCCCCUUGUCAAGUGAUGACGAUGGAAAAAAUAGAAAAUCAUCUUCUCAUGAGGCAAAGAAAUCACGAAAAGAUGAUGACGAGGAAGAAGAGUGGGAGAAGGAGGAGAAGGAAAGAUUACAGGACUUGGAGGAGAGAGACGCUUUUGCAGAACGAGUGAAGCAGAGGGACAAAGAGAAGAUGAGGCACAUACUGAAACGAAAUGACAAAAAGGCAUAUGAGGAGGCACAGAAGAGACUGAAGAUGGCUCAAGAAGAUCAGAGGAGUAUGCUGCCUGAGCUGCGGAAACAGUCACGGCGUGACUACCUGACCAAACGUGAGCAGGAGAAGCUAGAGGACCUGGAGGCAGAGAUUAAAGACGAGGAGUAUCUUUUCUCCGGUGAUGUUCUCACUGAGAAAGAGAGGAAAGACCUGGAAUACAAGAAACAGAUCAGAGACCUGGCCCGAGACUACAAGAAAGCCGGCGCAAAGGAGAAAGAAGAGAGGAAAAACCGCUACUACAUGCCCGAGGAGAUCCGUAAUAAAAAUAUUCCUCAAAAAGACAUGGAGUUGGAGUUUGACGAGGGCCCCAAAGAGGGAGGAGGUGAGCAGGGACGAUGGGAAGAGGCACGGGUCGCCACAGCCACACUGCAGUUCGGGGCCAAAGAAGAGAGAGAGAGGCGUAUAAAGGAGGAGAAGGAGAAGUACCAGCUUGUGCUCGAAGAGGAUGAGAUGAUUAACUUUGUGAGCACUGCUAUCACCAUGAAAGGAACACACACCAAAAAGGAUAAGGAACCAGAGCUCUCUCAGGCUAAACAACAAAAGCAGUCGAUCCAGGAAGUAAGACGCAGCUUGCCUAUAUUUCCAUACAGAGAAGACCUUCUCGCUGCCAUCAGAGACCACCAGAUCCUGAUCAUUGAGGGUGAGACUGGCUCGGGAAAGACAACUCAGAUUCCUCAGUACCUAUUGGAGGAUGGUUAUACCAAAGGAGGGAUGAAGGUGGGGUGCACCCAGCCUCGCAGAGUGGCAGCUAUGUCUGUAGCCGCUAGAGUGGCUCAGGAACUGGCAGUGAAGCUGGGAAAUGAGGUGGGUUACAGUAUCAGGUUUGAGGACUGCACGUCAAAACGCACCGUGCUCAAGUACAUGACUGACGGCAUGUUGCUGAGAGAGUUCCUCACCGAGCCUGAAUUGGCUAGUUAUAGUGCCAUCAUCAUUGAUGAAGCUCAUGAGAGAACUUUACACACAGACAUCCUGUUUGGGCUGAUCAAAGACAUUGCACGCUUUCGGCCUGACCUGAAGGUCUUGGUGGCCAGUGCUACUCUGGACACUGAGCGUUUCUCCUGUUUUUUCGACAAUGCCCCUGUGUUCAGGAUCCCGGGUCGCAGGUUUCCUGUCAACAUCUAUUACACAAAGGCCCCUGAAGCUGAUUAUCUGGAAGCAUGUGUGGUAUCGGUACUGCAGAUUCACGUGACUCAGGCUCCUGGAGACGUCCUUGUGUUCCUCACAGGACAGGAAGAGAUUGAGGCAUGCUGUGAUCUUCUGCAGGAGAGAUGUAGGAGAUUUGGCUCAAAAAUCUCUGAGCUUAUUGUCCUACCGAUUUAUGCCAACCUGCCCUCAGACAUGCAAGCUAAAAUUUUUAACCCCACACCACCUGGAGCUCGGAAGGUUGUAGUAGCCACAAACAUAGCAGAAACCUCCCUCACCAUUGACGGCAUCAUCUACGUGAUCGACCCAGGCUUCUGCAAACAGAAGAGCUACAAUGCCAGAACAGGGAUGGAGUCUCUGAUUGUUACGCCAUGCUCAAGGGCCUCAGCCAAUCAGCGGGCAGGCCGAGCAGGUCGGGUAGCUGCAGGCAAAUGUUUUAGGCUCUACACAGCCUGGGCCUAUAAACACGAGAUGGAGGAAACCACAGUUCCUGAAAUCCAGACGACUAAACUAGGCAAUGUGGUCCUGCUCCUGAAGUCUCUGGCUACGCUUCUCCCCAAGCGCACUUCAGACUCUUUUAACCUAAGGACUGCCGUAAUAACGAACCUCCUGAAAAGGAAUAUAAAAAAAAAGAGAAAGGAAGACAGGGACAUGAUCGGGGUUGCCGCCGUGGUCCCGGCGCGAUCCGAACCUCGGAGGAAGGUGGUCCCUGGCGCGAUGAAGGAACAGCCAAGCUCCGCCUCUGGAAACACCCGGAAGCACGCUGCCGAUUCAUCCUCGCCAGCUCAGGAACGUGCAAGCGCGGCCACGCCACGCCCCCUUGUUCCGCCGAGAGCUUCUCUCCAGGGCUUCCAAGAGAGCUCCUCUCCGUUCCACGAGAGUUUUGCUCUGCCCCAGGGUUUCCACGUGCACUCCACUCCGCCCCAGGGUUUCCAUGAGCGCUCUGCUCCACCACAGAGCUUCCGCAAGCGUGCCGCCAUUAUCUGGGGUUCCCGUGGACGCUCCGCUCUGCCCCAGGAGAUCUGCGUUCCGCUCCAGGGUUUCCGGGAGAGCUCCUUUCCGCUCCAGGGUUUCCGGGACAGCUCCCCACUGAACCACCUCGGAGAACUCACUAAGUUGGGGAGGAGGAUGGCUGAGCUUCCUACUGACCCCAUGCUGAGUAAAAUGAUCUUGGCGUCUGAACAGUAUAAGUGCUCCGAGGAGGUGUUGACCAUCGCUGCCAUGCUGUCAGUCAACAACUCCAUCUUCUACUGGCCAAAAAACAAAGUGGUGCAUGCCGACAAUGCACGGAUGAACUUUGUGGUGCCAGGAGGAGACCAUCUAAUGCUCCUAAAUGUUUAUUCUCAGUGGGUGGAAAGUGGUUAUUCCAGACAGUGGUGUUUUAAAAGAUUUAUCCAAUUACGCUCUAUGAGGCGAGCACGAGACGUGAGAAAACAGCUGGAGCAGCUGAUGGAAAGAAUUGAGGUUGAAUUGUGCAGCGCUGACGGUGACAACAUCUGCAUUCGCAAGGCAGUUACAGCAGGAUAUUUUUACCAUGCGGCCCGUCUAAGUAAAGGAGACUACAAAACUGUGAAGCAUCAGCAGACCGUGUAUGUGCACCCCAACAGUUCACUGUUCGAGAAACAGCCACGCUGGAUAAUCUACCAUAAACUGGUCUUCACCACCAAGGAGUUCCUGAGAGAGGUGAUUGAGAUAGAUAGCAGCUGGCUGUUGGAGGUGGCUCCGCACUACUACAAGGGCAAAGAGCUGGAAGACGGCAGCAGUAAAAAAAUGCCUCAGAACAGGGCAAAGCUCGGGAGGAGCUGGGUUGAUUAAGUUGAUAAAGAGAUAUUGUGAAUGAUUGCUGUUCAGAACAGGAGCUUUGGGGUAAAACAAUUUUUUAAAGCUUUUGCAUUGACACUUAAAGACUGUGGUUAUUUUGUGGAGAUGAUCAUAAUAUCUAGUUGAUUGAGAUAGAUAGCAGCUGGCUGUUGGAGGUGGCUCCGCACUACUACAAGGGCAAAGAGCUGGAAGACGGCAGCAGUAAAAAAAUGCCUCAGAACAGGGCAAAGCUCGGGAGGAGCUGGGUUGAUUAAGUUGAUAAAGAGAUAUUGUGAAUGAUUGCUGUUCAGAACAGGAGCUUUGGGGUAAAACAAUUUUUUAAAGCUUUUGCAUUGACACUUAAAGACUGUGGUUAUUUUGUGGAGAUGAUCAUAAUAUCUAGAUAAUAUCAGAUAUAUACAAACAUAUGAAGAUCACCUAUAGGCAUCUACUAAUGCUUAUCUACACUAUAGCACAAUAAAAAAAAAUCAUGAAAGAAUGGGUAUGGAAGAAGAAUAUGACCUUAGGUUUACAAAAUCCGAACAAACCACAAACGGAACAAUAAGGACAAACAAGGCCAAAGUGGAGAUGUUUUGAGUAAACAAAUGCCCUAAAACAUGAAUGCACUGAAGCAAUGUCACAAUGGAAAUCAGUAACAUUACUGAAUUAUUCAGUUUUUCCAAAAAAAAAAAAAGUUUUCUUGUGACUUGAGGUUAUUCGUUUAAAAAAAAAAAAAACAUCUAUUAGAAUAAAUGCUCUGCACUACAGUAAUUAAACAUACCAAUAUUAGGAAGUUUUCCUGUCUAGCUCGAAGGACCAAUGUUAGAGGGGUUUUCUUAUCUUACUCGAAGGACCAUAUAAGGAUUCUCACUAACUGGUAUGCGCUGAUCAGUGGAUUGUACUCGCCCCAGCGCGUCAGUAAAAACACGAUACAGGAUUCAGAACACUUUACUUUACUAAGUAUAGAAUUGAUUGCAUAUGAGGUGAUUCUUGCUGUCUUCUGCUAGCUGCUGUUCAGUAGGUUGCG